CCCCUGGCUUGCCGUAGAAAAGCGAAAGUCUCCUGGACAAGGAUGUCAUAUGUAAAACUGGUGUCGCUGUGUGUCGCAGCUCCGGGUCUUACGGGCCUGUUGAGCGGCUCGGUGCUGGCUGCCAGUGAGGGGAAGAAGAAGAGCUCUCAACCUGCUCUGAGCAUCGAUGAGCUGCCGUCGUUGUACACCAGCCCUGAGUCAGAGUCUCGGUAUGCGGAGCCAGAGGCCGGGCCGCUGGAGCAGAGCGUGUCAUCGUUGAGGAAAUUGGCAGAACCAUACACGAACCAAUGCCAGAAAACAGGCCAGGCUGCAAUGGAGAAAGUUGAGGAAGUAUACAAGACCAUGGAACCCACAAUCAGCACCUCAAUAACAACAGUCACAGAUGUGUACCAGUUCCUCAGUGACCCUCCUCCUGACCUCUACCCCAGUGUAGCAGUGGUGGGCUUCUCUGGCUUCCUUGGACUUUAUUUGGCCAAAGGUUCCAGGGUGAAGCAGCUGGUAUUUCCAGUUGGACUCAUGGCUCUGAGUGCCUCCAUGUUUUACCCUCAGCAGGCUGCGUCUUUACUUAAGGUGAGUCGUGAUUCAGCGUACACCUGGGCUCAGCAGGGCAGCACCACCCUGGAGACUCUUUGGAAAGAGCCUCCAUUUGGCAAAAAGAAGAAGAAAGAGCGAACAGAUAGUGAUGACACGACCAGCUGAGACAGCUGGAAGAAGACACACACUUGGGAGACUUCAACCUUUCAGUAACACACACUCACACGUGUACGACUAGAUGCAUCAUUCACACACAACCCAACUCCCACAGCCACAAAUCAGGACUUAAUUAUUUAAGUUAUAUAUCCCACAAACUUAGGGGUCUAAGUGGGGUUAGGGUUAGGGGUUAGGGUUAGGUGUUUCUGAAACCUUUUCGGCCUCCUCUAGAGUCAUUCUGAAACACACCAUCUCUUCCAGGAAGCAGGUCACAUCUGUCCAUAUUCUGGUUUUCAAGAUAACUCUGUGAAAUCUGCUUCUUGAAACAGUCCUCCUCUGCUCUAAUCAUUCCUAGUUCCUCCCACCAUGACGUCAGCUCCUCUAAUUUCUGCUUUGCUCAACAAAACACAUCAUAGAGCCUAGUUUCUGCAGUGUUUGCUCUCUCAUGGGAGGCACACUAUGAUGUCUCCCACCAACACUUCCUCAUUCUUUUAUUUUUGAAAGCUGCACAACACAGCUUCACAGACUGGCACAGAGAAAUGGGAAAUUGUUACAACUCAGUGAUUAGAAGAAUCAUCAUUUAUUUGAUUGACAGAAAAUAUAUCUGCAACUAUGUUGAUGAUCAAUUAAUCAUUGAGUCUUUUUUUGAGAAAAAAAUGCCAAAUGUUUGACACUUCCUGCCUCUUGCCUCUUUCUUUAUAUCAAACUGAAUAUCUUUGGGUUCUGGACUGUUUGAAAAAGUCAGCAUCAACAUUUUUUAUAUUCCUUUUGUGGACCAAAUGAUUCAUCAAUGAAUAACAAAAAGAAAUCAGCAAAUUACUGAUAAUGAAAAUAAUUGUAAGUUGCAGCACUACAGGGAGCAUAACCAGUGGUUUUGAAGGUAAUAGAAAGAUCUCCUACCUUUACUACUUCAUCUGUUUGCAAGUAGAAUAUCUCAAACUGUGUGAUACAAUACUGUGAUGCAGUAGGACAUCUUGGUAUUUUGGUAUACUGCAUUUGAUGCACUAUGUAUUGGGACAUACUGAAUCUUUUUCUGUCAUACUAAAUAGUAACACACUGUCAGUUAAAUUCUUGUUGAAGGAUUAGAGGAGAAGAUCAAUACCACUCUCAUGUCUGUAUAGUAGAUAUAAAUCUUAAGCCAGCAGCUAGUUAGCUUAGCUUAGCAUAAAGACUGGAAAUGGGGAAACAGCUAGCCUGGCUCUGUCCAAAGGUAAUAAAAUCCAUCUGCAUGCAUGUCAAAAGUUCACUGAUUAGCACGUUAUAUCCUUUUUGUUUAAUCUGUUCAAAAUAAGGGUUAUGUGUCAGACUAAUUUGGGGCUGGGACCAGUAACUUCCUGUAGUUUCAGCUGGUUGGCGGGCAACCUCAUGGUGACGAUAAGUCUCCUGGUUGAAAAUGUGUUAACUGGUGAGCUUCAGAGGUGCUGGUUGGUGGAUUUUGUUACCAGCUGCUGUUUCAUAUUUACUUCAAAGACUUGAGAGUACAUCGCUCUUCUCAUCUAACUCUUGGGAAGAAAGCUUUUUUUUCCCCAAAAUCAAGAUGUAUUCCUUUGUGUGUUUUCUCUGAAUUAUAAAGUGUCAUUUUGUUAUCCACAUUUUAUAAUGUCAGGACAGCUGUGAAGAUCCAAUAUCUUCAAUCUUGUUUAGGAUCAAGUCAGUAUAGAGCAGCUCAAAAAGAUCUAAUGUUGCUAUCUUAUGAAAACCAAGUGUUUCAUCUUUUCUUUGGUGCCACUGUGAUCAAAUGCAGCUUUCAACAGUAUAGUAUCUCCAGGAAGAUCAUUCAAGGUGUUCAUACAAACUCACUCUCACUCACUCAUUGUUUGUUUCAAAUAUGUUGACAUAUUAAUUUUCCAGAUAUAUUCACGUUGCAGUUUGAUGCUAAUAAUACUACGAUGCUACAGUAAAGGGCCAAAUACUGUGUGUACUCAGGCUGGAUUUACUUAAUAAUGAACCGAAUGUGUUUGUUGUCCAUGUCUAAUAAUACUGCACUGUAUAUUCUGUAUAUGAUUUUAUCUGAACACAAUGUAAUUAAAUCUGGCAUCCUACUGAGA